AGGUGCGAAUUACUUCCGCGAGAACGCGAAUACACCGUCGCUUUUCUUGUUUUCCUCCCUUUUCUUUUCUCGCUUUGUUAUUGUUUUUUCUCCUUCGGCUCAUCCCCCCUCUGACGUCUAUACACGCGUCUCUCUUCGUUGGACCCUUGCCGUGCCCCCUGCCUUGCCCGACACGUACCGAUCUGACUCUUGCUUAGCAUCACUGCUAUUAAUUGUAAUCAUUAGUUUCUACUUAGAAGCGUUAGGUGACACAGAGAGACAGAGAGAGAGAUUUAAUCAUUACCAUACAAGCACAUUCCCCCUUCCCCUUAUUAUUAGUUCUUCUUCAUUCUUUGUUGCUACUCUCUAUCAUUCGCUUCGACUAGCGCUUUUAUAUAUAUAAACUUGUAUUCGGUGUUGAUAUCGUCUGACUCUUCUCGGGCACUUGCACACCAUAGCACCGCUUUGCUUGAUCGCUGUGACCAAAGGACGCUCUCUUUGUGUUUUUGUUUUUUUCUUCAGGACCGUCUUGAGUGAGUGCGUGUGUGCGUGUGUGUGUGUAUGUGUGAAGGUGCCUUCACCGCUGGUAUCCACUCUCCACUCUCCACCCCCACCUCUUGACGUUGUAGGUGAACAUUGUCAUCCCCCACCGACUCAAUCUCAACCCUUUUUUUCUCUUGUGCGGAACUCCCAUCGUGCCAAGUUACGACUCACCAUUUCACUUUUCAUGGUUUUUGUUUUCCCCUCCCUUGUUUCUUCUUCUUCUGCGUAUUGGUAGUAUAGAUUGUCUCUCUAACUUCUCUUCUUCUUCUUUUUAUUUUUGUAGUUUACAUCAGCGCUUUUCUGUCGUUGUUGUUUCGAUUUUUCCUCUGUGUUUUUAUCUGUUUUCUAUGGAUUUUGUAGGCGAACUGUUUCCCCCCGCCUCCGCCGAUCUUCUUCUUCUUCUCCCUUCUUCUUUUUUUCAUGGUUCGUUUCCUCCGCUAGUGAUCCACCGGUCCUCUGUUUGUUGUUUGUUUGCUCUUCUUCUCUUCUGCUUUGCCUCGCGUUUCUCUCUUCUCUUCUCUUCUCCUUUCACCUCCACCCGCCUCCCCCCCCCCCUUGUGAUUCCGGGCAGCUCUGCCGGCCACGCCGCUUCUUCCUCACCCCGAGAUUCUUUUCCCAUUCGGGUUGACGUCUACCCUCGAGUACCUCUCCGUUGCGCGCUCCUCCACUCUUUGCAAUUCCUUUUCUUGUUCUUCUUUUUCUUCCUUGUUCUCCUCUUUAAAGCUUCCCUGUUGCGUACAUACUGGAUAGACGAUAGAGCAGCAACACAAAGGUGAGAAAAAUAUAUAUAUUAAAAAAACGAAGAGAGUGGCGUUCUCGGUUUUUAUUAAGCGUUGCCGUUUGUUUGUGUUUUCGCUGGUUCAAAGUCUGCUGCACAACUGACGCGUGCUGCACCGCCGUUUUCGCGCCUUCACCACGCUUUCCAGUUCGUGUGUGUUUUAUAACUCUUAUUAUUAUUACUACUGCUUUUGUUGUUCUUCACAGAAUUUUCCCCCGCGUGUAUCUUUGAGUUGGAGUUUGUUUGUCUGUGUGUGCGCGCGCUUUUUACCUUCUUUUUUCUUCUCUUAUUACCUCGAUUCUGCUGGAUUCUCUUUUCUGAUUUGUUUUUGUUUGCUGAUUCGGUUGUGCAUUCCCUGCAGUAUUUAGUGUUUCAACUACUACUAUUACUAUUAUUAUGUAAUUUCGCUUUCUUCCAGUUUUUGCUCCUCCUAGAAAAAUAAAAAUACAGCGGCUGUGUCCUGCUUUACUUAUUUAUUCAUUUCAGCUGCCGUUUUUCUGCUUCUCACUGCUUCUCCGCUUUGUUGAUCACGCCCCUGGGGAGAGAAUUUGUUGAUAUAUUUUUAUAAUUCAUUAGUACCUAACAUAGUUUCUCUUUAUCCUUUUUCCCCACCGAUCUUGUUAUUUCCUUUCUUUGUCUGUCUCGAUCUUCUUUGCAAAAGACCUCGCCCUGUAUACACCAGCGGCUCUUCUCGUUCGGCGUCACCUCCCUCCCUUCUCCUCUUUCAGGAUAUAGUGAGCUUUAAACUAGGGUGCACAACUCGCGCACGCAGCACGAACAUCGCCGUCGUUGACCCCUCAGCGCAUUCCGUGGCGCCGCCACCGCCUUUGUGCACGCUUCGAAGUGCAAGCGAGGAGGGUGAAAAAUAAAAAGAAAGACAGCGAAAGAGAGAAGUUAAAAAACCGUUUUUUGGAAAGGGAAAAAACGGCACGUUCUGAUAAUGCCCGGCGUGGAUUUGCUCGACGCGUUCGCGGAGUUGGUGGUGUGCGUCGUCUUCAACCUCCCACGCGAUGAGCCGAAGCCUCACGGCGACAGCGACGGCGACGAGGACAGCCCCGCUGCUGCGAACAGCAGCGGCACGACGCAGAUCUUCUCGCGGGAAAACUCGCUCGACGAGUGCCACUCGCAAGCCCCGCUGCAGAUCUCGCCCAACACGUGUGAGCUGGCCGGGUUUGCGGCCUUGCACACCACCACCACCCUCCCUGCCCCGGCCCCGGUGCUGCAUGAGGCGAGCAGCACGCAGUCGCUCGACCUUUAUGCGGGGGGGAUGUGGACCCCGGCGGUGCGGGUGCCGCAGCUACAGCACAACCUCUCCCCCGCCGCAGCCAUGCAUCGCUCCUCGCACCCCAGUAGCGUCGCCUCGCUGAACACGGGCGACAUCUUUUCGCUGGGCAGCAGCACGAGUGUCCCGAGCCCCGACCGCGGCGCCGGAUUUUGGAGCCGGCUGCUUGGCAGCGGCAGCUUCCUGCACACCCCGCCGCACACCACCGCCGCUUCCUCCGCGGGUAGUGGGCCGAUCCCCCACACCGGCGUCACCACGAACGCGUCCAGCUACGUGCAGCUGACGGAGGAGGACCUGGGUAUGCUGAACGCGAGCGGGCGAGCCGGGGCGGCGUCUGGCUGGACGAGCUUCUCCGCCCCGUCGUCGUCCGUUGCGCAGGGCGGCUCCGCGCAGCAGCUGGACUGGAACGGCGGGGACAGCCGCGGUGCUCCGACGCCCUCGAACAUGUCUACCUCGUUAUACGAAGCCUCGCCCGCCGCACCCUCCACGCCACCGCUGCCGCCUCUUCCCCCGCAUUCUCCGCCGCCGCCGCCGCCGCAGCAGCAGCAGCAGCAGCAAAGCCCAUUGAGGCUGAACUCGCACGACAUCUACGUCGCAGCUCCCCGCACGUUCUCUCCGCAAGGAGGUCGGUCGCAGGCGAGCUCGUCGAGCGACUUUAUCGUCCUAUGA